AUGUGCUGCUGCUGCUGUGAGGAUUGUGAAUGCAGGCCUCUGGGCUUUCUGCUUGGCCUGCCCUUCGCUUUCCUCGCCCUCCUCAUCUCCCUUGUUGGAAUCCUCGUCUGGAUCGUCGGAUUGAUGUUGACUUGCAUAUGCCCAUGCUGCUUGUGCGUGACACUGAUCGUUGAGUUUGCACUAAUGUUAAUCAAGGCUCCUGUUCUGGUCAUGGAAUGGUUCACAUCUAAGAUCCCCUGUUAAAAUUGUAGGUAAUCUGAAUAGAAUAUCCACUAUCCAAAUGUUGAUUGAUAUUUGAUUAUCUUCCUGAUAGACUUGUAACUUGACACGUCUUGGGGAAA